AUGAGAGUCUUGUUAUUUAAAUAAAAGUUGUACCCAUAUUACUAUACAAUCAAGGAAUAUUACACUGUACAAUUAAUUAUAUACUCAGCACAUUGUUGUCAAUAGUAUUUUGAUGAUUCAUGUACUGUGAAUACAAAUUUAGAUGGAUGUGAUAUUGCUUAAAUCUUCUGCAUGAAAUAUAAAUUUGAAUAAUGCAAAAGUGAUAGAAAAAAAAAACUUAAGUGGAAUUUAUUGCUUCUGGGAUGAAGAGAAAAGUACAUGCUUAGAAAGGAUAUGUGCCUAUAGCCCUGCACUUCCUUUCAACUUGUUAAAAAAGGAAGUUUUUGAAUUAAAGGAUGUUUUGACUAUAAUUAUGCUAUUGAUUCAGCUUGUGCUUCUAUAUUUGAGGAUAUGUAACUAAUGAAUUUCAAUUUAUUUUAAGAAAUGCUUGUGAAGAUGUUAAUAUUACUGAUGGCUGUACAUUUGAUAUAGAUUAUAAUCCUUGUGUCUGGAUUGAUGAUAAAUGUUAUACAAAAACUUACUAAACUACAUCAAUUACUUCUACUUAUUAUUAGGAAUGCAAUUCAUAUUUGUCAUAUUGUACAGUUAGAUAAAAAGGAGGAUACACUUAUAAAUAAAGUUAUAUUCAGAAGCGUGUGCAAUGGGAAAAUUUUAAAAAAUGAAUAUUAUUAAGCAUUUAAACAUUUUAAUAAAGUUAUUAGAAUUACAUAAUCAAAGAGAUUUGCUUUACGGAUAAUGAAAAUUAAGAAUGCUUUUGGGAUGAGUAUUUAAAUAAAUGCUUUUAAAAAUUCAAACAUUGAUUUUUGUGGAAAUAUAUUGUUUCUAUCAAGGAAGAACAAUGUGAUGAUAGAAAUUAUAAAUGUUAUCAAUAUUAAUAUUUUUCUAUAUUUACGUUAUGAUUGUUGUUUAAAUGUCAAAUAGAUAGGAUAUAAUUUUUGUAAUGUUAUGAUAUGUGAAGAUUGUUAAAAAAUGGGUGGGUAUUGA